AUGGGCCGCACAAGAAGCCGCCCGCCGCGGCAUGUCCGCGAGGCUGCCAAAGCCCCGAAUGCGGAAGGAGGCGCGACAGGGGUUGGCAGCUCUGCGGCUGAACCACUCCCGCCAGCGCCGGAAGUGAAGCUUUCCCAACAGCAGCUCGCCCGGAAGUGGGAAAUGCAGUGGCGCUCUGCGGCCGUGCACGGCACUCCGUACAGCUAUGGUGCCCUUGCUGCAGAUUGCAAAGCGGGUGCGCUGUCUCGGAGCCCCCUCUUCCCACGCUUCGCAUGUGUCAAGUCAAGGGAAGAGCUGCGGCGGCUGGGUGAAGAAGAAGGACUCCAAGCGCGGAGUCGUGUACAGGUGGCGGUGGAGCACGGUGUUGCCCCUGAGCCAAGGGGGCACCCCAUCACCUCCAGGCUGCACGACUGCUCGGGAAGCUGUGAAACUGCAGCGCGGCUUCUGGACUGGGAUCCGCCCCUGCUUUCUCGGGAAAGCGGACUGUUUUCCACGACGAACUUCUUAAUCCUUGGCCUUCUGGCUGUCAUCACAUUUGGCUUGGUUUGUCCAGCGCCAGGUGAAGCCCUAGAUGGCAUUCAGAUCGGCAAGUUCCGUCUGCCACAGGUGGCCGUGAUCGUCAUUUUCAUUGUCUCGGGCUUGUGCCUGGAUUCCAUCUCUGAGUGCUUGCAGUACAAGGCGCUUGCCUUGUCCAUCGUGCUUGUCCUCGGUGUAACCCCACUCCUUGCGUAUCCAAUCCUGCACUUUGGGCAGGGCUAUGUUGAGGAGACCUUGCUGGAGGGCCUGGCGGUGUUCUGCGUCGUGCCCACCACGUUAUCCUCCGGGGUGACCAUGGUGACGCAAGCCAAGGGCAAUGUGUCCCUGGCGGUGCUGCUGACGACCAUCACCAACCUCCUAGGAGUGGCCACGAUGCCGUGGUCGGUGUCGAAAAUCUUCGCAGCGAAAGUGCCGAUCAAGCCGUCAGAGAUGCUCUUCGAGCUGAUUUGGUUGACCUUGGUGCCCUUGAUCGUUGGCAUGGGCCUUCGGGAGGUUUUGCCAGCAGCAAAAUCUUUUGCGAAGACAAACAAGAAGGUACUUGGCCUUUGCCAAAACAGUUGCAUCCUGCUUGUGGUCUUGCUCAUGACGUCAAGUGCUCAGCCGAAAAUCAUCUCGACGGAUUCCUUUGACCUGUCUUGCGCUCUGGGCAUUGCUGCUGGCAUCCACCUGGUCUACCGAAUUGUGGGAUACUUUUCAGCCACCGCGGCGGUGCUGGAGCCGCGCGAGUGGGUGACGGUGGUGCUCAUGUCCAGCCAGAAGUCACUGCCCGUCUGCGUCUCCGUGAUGUCCGCGCUGCCGGCAGAGCUCCGGGCCAACUCCGGGCUGAUGAUCGUUCCUUGCAUCAUGGCUCAUGCCUCACAGCUGAUCAUUGACUCUAUCCUUGCCGUCCGCUGGGAGGUGAAGGAGGAGAAGCAGGCUCCUCUCCUUCCUUCCUGA